CCCGCUGAGGGCCGCUUGGCCGGUGCUUUGCCCCAGCGCCUCAGUGCGCUCGGCCAACGGCCUCUGAGACUGCUCACCCGAGCGCCCCGGGAGCCGGCGGGCCGCGGCCCUCUCUGGGACUCUCCAGCGGGCCCAGGGGAACAAAAGUGGCUCUAACUCCAGCACGUGCACAGUGAAGCAAGUUGAAGGAUUUAAUAUGAAGCACAGAAGCAGAUAGUACCAAACAGCAAGCAGUAGUUUGUACACAUUUCUGGAAAAGCAGUGUCCGUGUUGUUAUGUACACCUCCAAAAAAAGUUCAGAUCUGUAGGGGAAUUGUUGUGUAAAGUAAACUGAACUACAGGGUAGCAGUAUUUUAAUAGCUAUUGUAGAUGUGUAUUUACUGUAUUAAAAUGAGUAAAAGAUCAAGCAGUGACACACCACUAGGAAGGGUAAGUGGGGCAGCAUUUCCUUCACCCACUGCUGCUGAGAUGGCAGAAAUUAGUCGAAUUCAGUAUGAAAUGGAAUAUACCGAAGGUAUUAGUCAGCGAAUGAGGGUCCCUGAAAAACUAAAAGUAGCACCACCAAAUGCUGACCUGGAACAAGGAUUUCAAGAAGGAGUUCCAAAUGCUAGUGUGAUAAUGCAAGUUCCAGAGAGGAUUGUUGUAGCAGGAAAUAAUGAAGACAUUUCAUUUUCAAGACCAGCAGAUCUUGACCUUAUUCAGUCAACUCCCUUUAAGCCUCUGGCACUAACAACACCACCUCGUGUACUUACACUAAGUGAAAGACCACUAGAUUUUCUGGAUUUAGAAAGAUCUCCAACACCUCAAAAUGAAGAAAUCCGUGCAGUUGGCAGGCUAAAAAGAGAGCGCUCUAUGAGUGAAAAUGCUGUUCGCCAAAAUGGACAGCUGGUCAGAAACGAUUCCAUGUGGCACAGAUCAGAUUCUGCCCCGAGAAAUAAAAUUUCAAGGUUCCAGGCAUCGAUUUCUGCACCUGAAUACACUGUGACACCAUCGCCACAACAGGCUCGGGUCUGUCCUUCCCAUAUGUUACCUGAAGAUGGAGCUAAUCUUUCCUCUGCUCGUGGCAUUUUGUCGCUUAUCCAGUCUUCUACUCGUAGGGCUUACCAGCAGAUCUUGGAUGUGCUGGAUGAAAAUCGCAGUGUGAGAAGACAAAAUGAAAUACGUUGUGAAAGACCUGUGUUGCGCGGUGGGUCUGCUGCCGCCACUUCUAAUCCUCAUCAUGACAACGUCAGGUAUGGCAUUUCAAAUAUAGAAACAACAAUUGAAGGCUCAUCAGAUGACAUGACUGUUGUAGAUGCAGCUUCAUUAAGACGCCAGAUAAUCAAACUAAAUAGACGUCUACAACUUCUAGAAGAGGAGAACAAAGAGCGUGCUAAAAGAGAAAUGGUCAUGUAUUCAAUUACUGUAGCAUUCUGGCUGCUUAAUAGCUGGCUCUGGUUUCGCCGCUAGAGGUAACGUCAGCACUCAAAUAUAUUGUUUCAACAGCUGGAAAUAUAAAAGAUUUGCAAACUUCUUUGUUUCUGUGUUUGCAUUGUAUGCCGUUUUAUAGUUCAUGCUCUGAAAAUGUAUUUCUUCCAGAAAGUAGGGUGAAAGGACCUAUAUUUGUAGAAGUAAAGGUAUAUUCUGUCACUCAGUUGUAUUCACUUUAAAUCAGUUCUGCAGCAACACUUACAUAAAAUUCUCCUUUUGCAUGUUUUGUAAAUAGGCUCCAGUUUGUGUUUUUAAAAUGAAAUUAAUUUUUUGCCUCACCAGUCUAAACAACUAAUUCUGUGAAAGGAAGACAGAAUGCAUAAAGGGUGGAUUAAGAAAAGUAUCUGUAGAAGAAAAACAAUGUUUGUCCUGUUUCUCAGACACGGUUUUGUUGGUAGACAUUUUUGCAUCCAUAUUUUAACAUUAACACUUGAAGUCAUGGUCUGGUGCCAGAUUUAAGAAAAUCAAACCACCUAAUAUUUCAUGAUCACCUGUAUAGAUUAAAUUAAAAUAUGCCUAACAGUUCAGCAGUUUAAUAUGUAUGCAUUAUGUUGCGUUUUUAUUUUCAUUUUAGUUUUGCAGAUGGUUUUCUAUAAAAUACGUUUUUACUAAGUCCAUGUGUGAAUGAUUUAAAAACUACAGAAUAAGGAACAAUUGUAGUGUAUUUAAUAAACUGUCAACCAAAGCAA